AGAAAAGCAAAACUGUUAAGUUGACCUUCUUUAUAAAGCAUCUAGUAUGAAGAUAAUAUCCUGCUUCUUUAGUGUCUUCACAUUCUUGAGCUGUGUUGCAGCCCUCGCCAUGCAACAGGACGAAGGUGACACCACCACUAACACAUCUUUGGAACCCACCACUGUUUGGGUUACAAUCACAACUGAUGGUAAACUUGCCACUGUUAAGACACUUUACAAACAGUCCUUUGGUCCUUCUUACUCCGAUCCUAUCACCACUGACUUAAAGUCCGGAAACAUCGGUUUGGGAGCUAUUUCCGGGACCGUGGGCGAUUUCAAAACUUACCAACAAACCACCGUCAAAAACGGUCAAAACUCACUUACUAUGACCAAUAUCUAUGCUGGAUUAGCUGGGAUCUCAUUUUUGGUUAUAGGAGCACUCGUUUAAACGAGCAAAAAGAAUGGUGAUAUACUUGUAGAGCAUGUAUAGGAAUACAAUAAACAACGAAUAGAAGGAAAAAA